CUGUCAAAAUGAAACGCUAAGCAAAGCAUUUUUGUAUGCUUGAAAUCAGCAAAGAAUUGAACUGUAAAAGUCCACUGAGUUGCCAUGUGAGUCAGCCUGGCUGCGCUGUGCGUCAGGCGGGAUGUGACUGGACUCGAGGUGCGGGGCGCACUUGGCUCACUUCAGUUGCUAUAUGGAGACGCACCUCCCAGCUGAUCCGGUUAAUUUACCCCCCACCCCUCCAGCACCCGGUGUGUUGCCCCCUCUCGGUAGGUUUGUCUUCUGCUGUGCUCCUCUGCAGGCUGCAGACUCGGGCUGGAUGUGCGGACACUUGCUGCGCGUCUCUUAAUGCUGAGGAGGAACCGCAGGAGCAGCAGAAGCAAAGAGAAGGAGAUCAGCGGGACGCACAUGGCUGGAUGACAUGAUGUUCCUACCCUUCUCCCCUCCCCCCUCCACCUCUCUCUUCCCUGUUUUCCUUCCACUCCUCCUUCUCCUUCCUGCAACCCUUGUCUCCUCCUCCUUUUCCCACACUCCAUUGAGCUGGACUUCGCCUCAUGACCCCUGCUAUCACCUAGAUGGCCGUCCACGACACUGCCUGUCCGAGUUUAUCAACGCUGCCUACAGUAUACCAGUCAAUGUUAGCCACUCGCUACAGGUGCCUGACUAUGACGGCAACAUCACCACCUUGACAGACCUCCACAAUCCCCAUAACCUCACUUGCUGGAUGGCUCACAGAGGUUCUGACGCUGGGGAAUGGGUCAUCACGCUACCUCUAGGCCGCCGCUUUGAGAUUACAUAUAUAAGUUUACAGUUCUGCCACCAGGGGGAGCCAUCAGACCCCAUCGCCAUCUCCAUCCUCAAGUCGAUGGACUACGGACGCACCUGGAGGCCGAUGCAGCACUACUCUAAUGACUGCCUUGGGACCUUUGGGCUGCCGUCCCUGACAGUAGCCCAAACAAGGCACCAAGAGACAGAACCGCUCUGCUCGGACCCUCGCCCCUUGCAAAAGCAGAGGGGUGGCAUGGUGCUGGCCUUCUCCACAUUGGACGGAAGACCAUCUUCUCCUGAUUUUGACUACAGUCACACCCUCCAGGACUGGGUGACAGCCACAGACAUCCGCGUGGUCUUCCAUCAGGUGUCCAAAAAUGACAAAGUGGGCAACUUGGACAGGAAGGAAGAUGCACGACUGCGUGAUGGUGCAGAAGAUGACAGAGGGACUGGGCUUCUGAGGUGGAGAGAGGUGGGCUACAGGGGGCACACUGGAGAUCAAGUGAACAAGUUAAACACAGAUAAUACACUGGCAUUUUUUGAUAGGGAGACAAAAAACUCAGAGAUGAGGGGGAGGAACAAAGGGGAGAAAGUGGACAAACAUGGAAGGAAGGGCCAUCAUAAAGGGUCAGAUCAAGAUGAAGAUGAGCACAACGUGACCAGCAAGGAAGGGGGUGAUCGCAUUAGCACAGACUCACUCGCCCCCUCAAAGAAAGGUGGGAAAGGCAGAGGGCGGGGCCAUAAGCAGGAAAACAAUCAUUGGCUUCCUUGCCCCAGCGGAGGUUGUAAUUGGACGGUUGUAGGGCGAAACAGGAGUAGCAAGGGGCGGGAACUGAGGAAGAGGAGAAACAAUAACCUCAACACCAAACAAAGCUCCAUGGACCUGCAGGUGAGACCUCCUGCUGCUUUUAUUUCUGCUGUUCAUGCUCCUCUGGCCCUCUCGGACCUGCAAGUUGGCGGCAGGUGUAAAUGUAACGGACAUGCUUCCAAAUGUCGCCGUGACGACACAGGCCGGGCGGUGUGUGUGUGUGAGCAUCACACAGCAGGGCCAGACUGUGAUGUGUGUGAGGACUUCUACUGUGACAGACCGUGGCAUCGAGCUACACCCACCAACCCACACCCCUGUGUUGCCUGUGAAUGUAACGGUCAUUCAAACAAGUGCCGCUUCAGCAUGGAGGUGUUUCAGCAGUCGGGCCGGCGCAGCGGAGGCGUGUGUCAGAAGUGUCGCCACAACACGGCCGGUCGCCACUGCCAGUACUGCCAGAACGGAUACACCCGCGACUACAGCAAGCCGCUGAACCACCGCAAGGCCUGCCAACCGUGCCAGUGCCAUCCUUUGGGGGCGGUGGGUCGCUGGUGCAACCAGACAUCAGGACAGUGUCUGUGUCGAGAAGGUGUGACCGGCCUCAGGUGUAACCGCUGUGCCCCGGGAUACAAACAGGGCAGGUCCCCUCUGCGGCCCUGCAUACGAAUUCAAGCGGUCGCACCGACUCCAGCAUACCAGCCUCAGUACAGCAUAGCGGAGGAGUGUGUUUCAUACUGCCAGCCUUCUCAGCUUAAAGUCAGAAUGAACUUGGAGACUUAUUGUCUCAAGGACUACGUGCUGAAGGUGCAGGUGAGAGGGAUGGAGCGUUCAGGUCCCUGGUGGCAGUUCUCCAUCUCAGUCCAAACAGUCUUCCGUACGGGGUCCACCUCCCGCGUUCGCAGGGGCCCCCGUUCCCUCUGGGUCCCUGACCGUGACCUUGGCUGCGGGUGCCCGGCCCUCCAUGUGGGCCGGACGUUCCUCUUGAUCGGUGCGGAGGAGGGGGAGCGGGGUUGGGGCCCCGAGGAGAGUCGCCUGGUGGCGGACCGCUCCACACUUGCCCUCCAGUGGCGGGAACACUGGAGCCACAAACUAAGGGGCUUCCGGGGGCAGGACAAGAGGGGCCGCUGCCCGUCGAAAUCCCACGACAACCACCAGCACCACAGGGAGCGAACAAAGCCCCAGUCUGGGUACAUCCCCCCUCACUUGGUAACUGAGAAAGACACUCAAACCUCAGAGGUGCCGCACACACACUCUCACGGGGACGACGAGGUUAAAUCCACAGAGCCGACCUCUUUGUCAACCACACCCGCUUUGGUGUGCUCUACUCAAGGUCCUGGAUGAAAAACAAAAACCACGAGGAGAGAAAAAAAAAAUAAUAAUAAUAAAAAACAUUUUCCUCCACCUCUUUGGAGAACAACCACGAGGAGAGAAAAGUGCUCUUUUUUACAGCUUUUCCUGAAGGCCUCAGGAGAAACAGUCGUGACUCCACACACAGAAACACACACUCACCUCUUAUGUGUGAUGUUUAAGUGCUAAAAAUGUGAAGAAACACAAGGAGACUUUUUUUGGAAGGUAAAGUUAAAUUUUGUGCAGGAAAACGUUUCACUUAUGUGAAAUUUUAAUAUUUUCUACCUAAGAAGCUUUUGAAAAUUAAAAGUCUGACUAAACUCUGAUUGGAAUACCCUGCAGUAUUUUUGCAUCUUAUUUUAGUAUUUAUGUCAUAUUUAUUCAAUUAAUUAACCUGUAAUAUAUAUAUAUAUAUAUAUAUAUACACACACACACACAAAGGAAAACUGACAGUCUAAAUAAAUAACACACACAACAACACAAAUUGUGCCAAUUUACCAACAUUAUUAAAAGGCCAAAAAUUCUACCUCACAUUUGCUACACAACAAAUGUAAUAAGCUCAUCCAGAAAUGUCAUGUUUUUUUUUUUUGUUAAAUAAAAACAGAGUGGCCAUGUUAUUAUAUACAUUUUUUUUUGUUUGUUUUAUUUUAUUUUAUUUUUUUACUGGCAAGAUCCAUAAAGUAUCUUUGACUUUGUAUUUUUAAUUUUUAUAGCAAAAUUUGAAAUGAACAGAAUAAAAUUAAAUGUAUUAAUAAAAUUCUACUAAAUCCAAGGAGCUUUAAAAUGACAGUAAAUGUAAAGAGCUGUGCUGUAGCUGAUAAUUUAAUAUUUUAACAAAAUUUCUACACAUUUUCCAUUAGGGAAGAACUUUUACUUCUUUACCAAUUCUAGUCUAAAGUUGUGCAUCUGUAUUGUGUACUACAACUGCACAGAUUAUUUUCUAAUAAUUUCUGCUUCUGCUCACGUGUAGUUUCAAUAGCUGAAAUAAAAAUAACACAGGUCUCUGACUCAAACCCACAUGUGUCCCUUGCAUUCACACAUUAUUUGGGGAAAUUGACACUAUCUACAAUCUACUUCCUCACUGAACAGCUGACAUCGAGACCAAACUAACUUCAGCCAAAUUUUCUAACCAUAUAGGAAUCCUCUGAUAGACUGUUAGAGGCCCAGAUACGGAUCUAAAAAGCACUGGUCUGACCUAUCGUCACGACUUCUGUUUCCAUUUGGGAGAUAUGGCGUCAUAGCCCAGGGGAAAUGCUGGUGGAGGUGGUGGUGGUGGUGGUGGUGGUUAGUUCGGACAGAUGGAAGAGCUCCUAUUUGUUGAGCAGCCAUGUUGUUUUGGUCACGGCUGUGUCAGCGAUUGGCUGUGCCGCCGUGUCGCAGCCUGUGAUAGAAAAUAAAAAGAGAAAAAUAGCCUCGCUGACUGAUGACGGCUCACCGAGGGAGUUUCUGUGGACUUUGUACUCAUGAGGUCCAAAUGUCUUCACAAGCUUCUUCCAGCAGCUUCUGUGGGAGCACAUAACCCACAGGGGUCCUUAUAGGAAGCGAAAAGAUUCUGUUGAAGCAGGAUUGAGUUUUUAAAAUUUUGUUUCCUUCGGGCCUCCAAAAUAUGAAGAUAUGCCACUGGCCGACAGUGAUCGCUGAAGAGUGAAGUCCACUUAAUGCUUAGGAGAAGGACAGGGGACUUUUUAAAAUUUACCGCAGCUUCGUAUCAGAACUUUGGAAAUGUGUCAACACCAACCGUUGAAUGAAUGAGUUACAGCUGGACCAAAUAGCAAGCAAGAAGUGUUGUGUGGCUUUUUAUUUUCAUAUAAAAUCAUCAAUAAAUGCUGCAAUGUGAUUAUAGUGGACACGUGAGCUCAAACAUUACAUUUCAUCUGAAAAAAAUAAGCAGAACAGGGCAGAAUUUGCAUUCUGAACAAAACAAGUUUACAAGCUCAUUUUGCUUAAAAAAAAAAAAAAAAAAAGAAAAAAGAAAAAUAAGAAGAAAGUGGAAUUUAAGAUGCCCUAGCUGAGA